CCACUCCACCAAACGGGCUUUCAACAAUACCAGUCGGCUAAAAAGGCCAAAAAGACGGAAAGAGGGAAAGUGGUAUAUCAUCUCGGUUGCAACAAAGUAUUUUGUCAAAAUUUGUCAUUAGUCUCUCUAUAUUUUCUCCGCAAUUUGGACGAUCUGCUCUUGUUGGUAGGACAGAAGUUUCUCCGAAGUUUUGAAGCAUUCAUGAGCCAUGAGCUAGCGUUUGGUCUUGUAGAAGAGAACACGAUGAAUGAAUUUGCAGCCCCCUACACUCCCAGCAUGCCAUUUUUUACACUACCCACCAGUUCUGAGCCACCAUAUUCGUCAUAUCCAGUAACCAGUGUUCAAUCUGAUGUUUCCAGCGUGUAUUAUUAUGAUUCUGGGUAUCAAUCCUAUCCCUAUUGUCUUGAUUUCUCUUCUUCAAGCAAUCCACAGUAUGAUCAAGACUGGUAUGUGGAUUCUUCUGUUCCACCUGUUAGUCAUGAUUGGUAUUCUGAGAAUGAGGAUCCGGCAAUCUCCUAUUACCCAUCUGUCCCAUCCUAUGAUGCUGAUGGGUACUAUGCUUAUGGGUCAUGCCCUUAUCCUGAACAGCUGCAUUUGGAUCCUUUGACUUCAUCUACUGUUAUUACUACUACGCCUUGGGAGAAUUGCACUCCUGCUUCAACUGUUGCCGGUACAGAUUUCUGCGGGUCACUGCAAUCUACGAGUUGUGGUUUCUAUGGUGGCUGCGAAAAUAAGGAUGACAAACAGAAUCAGAAGCUCCAGGAGGUGGACAGCAGUAGAGCAUCUAGAGGCUAUUAUCUGCAAGAAACACAGAGAGGUAAGUCAACGGAAAGUUCUCAGAGGUUUAAACAGGGUAGCGUCUCCUGGCAAGAAGAUCCCAGCGUAAAUGUUGGAAUGAGGCAUUCAUUCACUAUGUCAAAUUGUUUGAAUUCUGAAGGUAAAAUAACAGAGAGUUCUAAGGAGUUGAACUUUAAGCGACCUAACAGCGCUUGUCAAGAAAGUGCUAGCACAAUUGUUGAAGUGGCAAAUUCAAAUAACAUGCCCACUUGUCCAGAUUUUGAAGGUUUCUCACCCAUUUCCCGUCAAAAGGAUUUUGGGUCAACAAAUGCACAAGGGUCUUUUUAUGGAAAGCCUCAACAAUCACAUGAGAUACUUCAGCCAUUUGGAUGGACUGCAUCUUUUCCAUCCGAUAUGCCAAUGCCAAAAACAAAUAUUUCAUCAUCCGAACUGUUGAGCUCAGUUUCAGAUCCCAUUUUAAAUUGGACUGCAUCUUUUUCAGAUGAUACACCAAUGUCAAGAUCAAAAGUUUCAAUAUCCAGACCAAUGGUUUCAGCGUCAUAUUCACUUGAAAAUUCAUUCUCAACCUUAUUUAGCAACUAUAAGAAGUAUGAAAAUCCUAUUCUUUUAUCUCCACAGUCUACUGCAGAGAGAGCAUCAACUGGUGUACAGGAAUCUAAGGGCAAAUGUAGGGAUGCUAAAGAAAUGAAAUUGAACACGGAUAAUAUUGAAAACAAGCUGCCAGUAUCUGAAGACUCAUCUAUUCCAGAGAUAUCUUUUGGAUGCAGCAUAAAACCAAGGAAAGUGAUUGAUUCAACAGCAACUGCAAAGCAAUCCAUUCAUGCACUGAAUUUUGAUACAAAUCAUAUGUCUUCAGCUAGCCCUAGCUUUUAUAAUGAUCCCAGUAAUCGUGUGAUUCAGUUAGAUGACAUGCCUUUGAUGGAUGACAUGAUGUAUAAUGAUAUAUCCUUAUUUCAGGGAAUGGAUUUCCAUACUAGAAGAAUGGAAGAUUUCUUGGCAAAUUGUUCAAAGGGUGGAGAAUCUGGAGAUGAUGCCUUAUUGACCCCAAAAUCUAAUGGACAGGAAAAUUUUCCAUUUCAAGUUGCUUCUUUUGCAUGCAGUAAAGAUCAGUUUAAUCCAAUUCUGGAUAUUAUAUCUUCAGAUUGUCACCCACCUAAACAAAAUCCAUCAUCUCUUAUGCCAUUGACUGAAUCUGCAUCAUCAUUACCGACUACUCGGUUUGUAGAAGGAUCACCAAGUCAUGGAGUAAUAGGUUCAAGCAAGCCGCCUCAGACAUCUUUAACACAGAUGGGAUCACUUGUUUCUGCCCCAGAACUUCUAUCUGAAUCAAAUGGGCCUGAAGAAACAAAGCCUUGUCAGUCGAUACCUUUGGUUAUUGAUGGAGCUGCAUCAGUUGAAUCUAAUCAAGUUUCUGCUGGCGAUUCUGCUAGUACCCUUUCCAAAAACAUGAAUCUAAGUGAUGAUCUGUCUUCUUCUUCUGAGGAAGCUGUGGACACUGGGAAGGAGUGUCACAAGCUUAUUCAUACUUUGCAUAAUUUAUCAGUGGUGUUGCUUGCCAGUUCAUCAUCUUUGGUCAAUAUGAGAGAAUCUGACAUUCAAGUUCUCCAGUCUGUCAUUUGCAAUCUAUCACAGUGUAUGGUGAAGGGGAUGUGCCUUUCUACAUCAAUAGAUGGAACUGCAUUGGAGCCCGAGGAACCAGUGAUCACUCCUAAUGUAAAGAGAACUCAGAAGGCUUGCAAGUUGGGAAGAUGCCAUUCCAGAGUUGAUGAUGUUGUGGAAUUUCCAAGUCAUGAGUUAAGGACAUUUGUAGCAUCCUCUUCUGUUGGAGGAAAGGAGGUUCCAGUUGAUAGAACAAAUGCUUCUCAAAUAUCUGUGGAAGCCAUGCAGUUACAGAUGACUAAUUUUGAAACAUAUCUGGAAUUGAUGAAACUUGAGAUAAGAUGUCUUAAAAUGGAGCUUGAAAUGGAGAGGCUAAGGAAGAAUUACAAAGGUGCACUCAAAUUUGGGAACGAAGCAAACAAGAAAGCUCUUAAUUCUGCGAUUUCUCCAGAUAUGAAUUUGGGUAUAAAAGAAAAUGUCUUAACCCACAUUGUGGUGCCAACUUCACAAGCGACUGUUCAUGGGCUGCCUGAUUUGAAUUUAAAUCCAAUCAAGGAUAGUGCAGUCCAGAUAGAUGCAACCAUGAAUCUGAAUAUAAAAGGAAAUGACUUAAACCACACAGUAAUGCCGAUUUCACAAGAUAGUGUUCAUGGGCUGCUUGAUUUGAAUUUGAAUUCAAUCAGGGAUAGUGCAGGUCAGACAGAUGCAACCAUUCUUUCCCAGAAUGAGGGUCCCAAAGAGUCUAUUCCAAAGAGUAGUUUGAGCACUUCUGAUCAGAAGAUAUGGUUACCAAAUGUGGAGACAAGAACUGGGCAAAUCGAAGAUGCUUCAGGUAGUAAGGUGAAUUCAGAUGAUGAAAAAGUUCAGUGCACUAAUGACAGUUCACCUCCAGAGUCAAAGGAUACUUCACAGGUAAAUGGCCAACACAAAAUGUGUGAAGAGUCCAUUUUAAAGAGUAGUUUGAGCACUUCCGAUCAGAAUAUAUUGCAACCAAAUAAAGAGGCAAGAACUGGGCAAAUUGAAGAUCCUUCAGGUUGCAAGGUGAAUUCAGAUGAUGGGAAAAUUCAGUGCACCAUUAAGUGUACGUUUCCAGAGACAAAGGAUACUAUUUCUUCAUGGUUGAAUGGCGAACAGGAAGUGUGCUCAAUUGUUCCAGCCUCGCUAGAGGUUGGACCUUACCGUACAGAUGGUCCCCAGCUGAAAAGCAACAGGAGUUCAUUUCCAGAGACAAAGGAUGUUUCAUGGUUAAAUGGCAGACGGGAAGUGUGCUCAAUCAUUCCAGCCUCACUAGAGGCUGGAUCUUACUGUGCAGGUAGUCCCCAUCUUGAAAACAACAAUCAUUUACAUUAUCUACAGAGAAGUAUUUUGUAUCAGAAUUUUCCUAGAGAAAGAGAUUAUCUGGGGAAGGCAAUUUCUUUUACAAAACAGAGAGAGACUGAAUCCCAAAAUUCUGAAGGCAACAAUUUUUUCAUAGAUAAUAUGUGUCAAGCUGGCAACAUUUUCCUGGAAGGUGGUGCAACAAUCGAAAGCUCUGGAGGAUCAACAUCUGCAAUUUGUUUUUGUGGCUCUGAAAAUGUGAAUGGCACAGAUAUUUCGAAGGAAGCCUCAUGCUCUGAAUCAGAUUGGGAAAAUAUCAAUAGUAAAGAGGCAGAUUAUAUUUAUUUCUCCGAUGAAGAAUCAAUGUAAAAUUUUUUAAAUUAGACAGCCAAUUCUUAGAUACUGGCAAACAAAGAAAUUUGUAAAUACCUUUUCUCAUUCAUGUAAGGUUUGUGAGGGACAACAUAUUUAAGAUGUUAAAACAUUUAUAGAAAAUGUCAAGGAAAUGUACAUAUGUAAUUGCUUUCCUUGAUACUUAUUCUCUUUGUUCAUACUAUAUUGAAGUUCGUUACAAAUACGCGAUGGAAAUUUGUGCUAAAUCCAAUAUGUUA